UUGUAAAAAAAAAUAUAAAAUAUUGGGGAGGAUGUUGUUUGGCCCAUUAAUAGUCUAAUUCUAAUCAUAAUCUAAUUUUAUGCAAAUUAUAAAUAUUUAUUCACAAUUUUUGAGUACGUAGAAAAGUAAAUGAAAUAAACUUCAAAUUGAAAAUAGAAAUUUCAUUACAUUUUGCUAAAAAGAGCGAGAAAUUAAUUUACUAAUAAAAUUAUACUUUAAUUUGAUUUUUCCAUCGUCACUUGGUCUAUCGUGAACACUAAUUGUCCCAUUUUCAUACUUCGACUUAGUCCUUUUUCUUUGAGGAACCGUAAGAGCUAAGUAUAACAGUAAGCAAAAAAUAUACUUUUGUUAUGUUUGUAUCUACUGGGUUAUUGUAAUAAUAUUAUAUGAUAAGCGCAUGCGUUUCAUUUUCUAUGUACUCAAAAAGACAGACUAGAGCAGUAUCGAUUGAUUACGUUUGAGGAAAUCUUGUGAAAAAAGAUAUAUUUGAAAGGAUUCAGUAUGAACAGUUUAGUGAUUAAAUUCAUAUUAAUUUGUGCAGUUGGUGCUAGUCAAGCCAGUCUAGGAGGUCCAUAUAUCCUAUGGGGAUUAGAUAGGUUAAAGGAUAUGGACGUUUAUGCAUUGCGAGGGAUAGAUGAUAAAACUCUGAAAGAUCUGUAUGGAGGGGCUAAUUAUGUGAUUAUAUUCCUUCAAAAUAGUACGGCCAGACCUAAUCAAGACCUUUAUCCUCAAUUUAUGGAGGUCAUUAACAAUACCAGCUGGAUUUACUUGCCACAGAAUUGGAUUUUUUCUGACUCAAUGGAGUAUAAUCCAAACACUGAAGUCAAUCAUCUAGUUGGGCCUCCUUCCCAGUGUGAUUCAGAAUUAGCCACACUCUUUAGGAAUGCUGAACUAACUUAUGGCGAAGGAAAAGUGUUGGGAAUUCUUGCUAGUAAUGUUGAGGAUUCUCAUGAAAUAAGAAAAAGAGAAGUUGCGGAAGCCGUCAGCACCUCCUUACCCAAUCCAACGGAUGAACCAAUGGAAGAAGGUUUUGUUUACUAUCUCAAGGAUAAAGCAAUAAUGUACACGACAACUGCCCCAAUCUUAAAAAUUUAUGAGAAUAGUAGUAGCGAUAACGAAACGACCAAGUAUGAAUUAAAGUCUCAUGGACCACUAAUGGUGGACGACCGCGAACAAUACAUCCGUCUUAUGAUUCAGUUCAAAACGGAAGAAGGCAGUAAACUAUUUUUACGUUUCAAGUUUCCGAUUCGCUCCAGCUAUUGGUAUCUUACCGAAGUAGAGAUUGAGGAUUACAAUAGAAAUCCACCACGAACUACUCUCCAAAUUCAGGGAGAACCACCCUCAGCCCCAAUGAAAUUUUCCUGGCACUGUACUCAGGGAUUAGUAUUUCGCAGCAACACUUCUACACUAAUUAUGGACAACGUUCAGAUUCAACCAUAUCUUAAUGGAGGAAAGGUUUUCUCUGAUGCUUAUGACUGUGUGGGCUUUAUGUCGGCACCCAUCUGGUCAGGAAUUGGUGUGAGCUUCCUUGUUCUUUUCGGCGUAGCAGUUGCAAUUAAUGCAAUUUUGGAAAUAAAGCCGCCAAACCGUUUCGAAAGUAAUCGCAACAAACAACUAACUUUCACUGUUCAAGAAUGAACUUCCUAGACAUGUAUUUGUAGAAUACUAGAACACAACAAGUGAAAAGAUCGAUAGAGAAAAUGUGGAAUUCAUGUUGACAUCAUUAAAAUAAAAGUAAGAAAGAUUAAAAAAAAAAACAUAAAAUUUGAAAUUCAA